AUGAUCGUGAAAUCUAAAAAUCUUAUUGGCUAUCUACCUGAAAUAUUAAAUGAAGCACUUAAAGAUAUUAAUAUUGGUGAUAUUGCAAAAGUUAUCGAUAAAAUUAAUGAAGAUCCUAAAUUUGAUGAUUUACAAAAAGAAAUUAACGAAUUGAAAAAUACUCGAAGACCAGCAAAUUAA